CAACAAUAAUUCCUUAAUAUAAUAUUUCUCCUUGGAUAUUAUAUACUAUGGAAUCUUUGCAAGCUUCCAUUAAUGCUUCAGUUCAAAAGGUUAAGGAAGAGGUGUUCUUAGCCAUGGAUGAUGAUCCUUAUUCUCUCAUCGCCAGCUCUGCUUAUAACACUGCAUGGUUAGCCAUGGUUCCUGCCGAUAAUGGCGACCCUUUGCAGCCCAUGUUUAAGAAUUGCUUGGAUUGGGUGCUCAACAACCAGAAAGAAGAUGGAUUUUGGGGUGAGUGUGACUCCCAUGGCAUGCCCACUGUUGAGUGCCUUCCGGCGACCAUCGCUUGCAUGGUUGCAUUACAAAGAUGGAAUGCUGGACAACUAUUGAUUGAUAGAGGUAUUGCAUUUAUUGAGGCUAAUGCAGAGAAGCUUAUUACAAGAGAAAUACACGAGUGGUGUCCACGGUGGUUGGCCAUAAUUUUGCCUGCAAUGCUUGAGCUUGCACAUGCAAAUGGUCUAGAGAUUAGCUUCCCAGACAACUUACAGGGAGCAGUGAUGGAUAUAUUAUAUAGAAGGCAGGAAAUUCUUGAUAGGGAGAAGCUGGUUGACAAGUGCUCUUACCCUCCAUUGUUAACUUAUCUUGAAGCCUUGCCUCUCCACAAUAUUGACCAAGAACAUGUGGCUAAGCACUUGAGUAAUAAUGGUUCGCUAUUCGAUUCUCCUUCAGCUACUGCAUGUGCUUUCAUGGCUACCGGAAACAAAGAUUGUUUACGUUACCUUCAAACUCUCGUUGAAAAAUGUCCUCAUGGAGGAGUUCCACCAACAUAUCCCAUGGAUGAAGAGCUAAUAAAGCUUUGCAUGGUCAACCAAUUACAAAGGCUGGGUUUGGCUGAACAUUUCAAGCAAGAGAUUGAAGAAGUAUUGGAACAUGUUUACAGGAAUUACAUGAACCGAGAAUCAAAUGCAAAAUCAAACAAUUUAGUUGUUCUCGCAUCAAAGCUGUACAGAGAUUCUUUGGCAUUUUGGCUUCUUCGGAUGCAUGGAUAUAACGUAUCACCAUGGAUGUUUUGUUGGUUUUUACUUGAUGAGGAAAUUCAAGCUCAUAUCCAAAACAAUCAGGAAUUCUUUUCAAGUGUAAUGCUUAAUGUUCACAGGGCCACCGAUCUUAUGUUUCCCGGGGAAUAUGAACUUGAGGAGGCUAAAUCUUUUUCAAGAAAUUUACUAGAGAAAUGCAUAACCAAAGACCAAAAAGAUUUUCCAUUCCCUAAUUUUCAAACAAUGAUCAAGCAAGAGUUGAGAUUUCCAUGGCUAGCUCGAUUAGAACACCUAGACCACAGGAUGUGGAUUGAAGAAAAGAAUAUUAAUGCUCUAUGGAUGGAAAAAGCCUCCUUCAUAAGGUUUUCAAGUCUUUACAAUGACAAGUUAAUACAACUUGCCAUAAAAAACUACGAGCUUCGACAGUCGAUUUAUAAACAAGAAUUGGAAGAGCUGAAAAGGUGGUCCAAAAGCUGGGGUCUAACUGACAUGGGCUUUGCUCGAGAGAAAACAACAUAUUGUUACUUUGGUGUGGCUGCUAGUACUUCAUUGCCUCUAGAUUCUGAUCUGCGAAUGAUAAUUGCAAAGAGUGGAAUAAUUAUCACAGUUGCUGAUGAUUUUUAUGAUGCAGAAGGUUCCAUAGAUGAGUUGGAAAAACUCACAGAUGCAGUUAGAAGAUGGGAUGCUAAAGGCUUGAAAGGCCAUAGUAAGAUUAUCUUUGAUGUCCUUGAUGAUCUUGUGAGAGAAAUGGCUGCAAAAUACCUCCAACAAGUAGGAAAUGAUGAUAUAACAGCCAGCCUUCAAUAUAUAUGGUAUGAAACAUUCGAUGCAUGGUUUAUGGAAGCUAAAUGGAGCAGAAGUGGAUUCAUACCAUCAGCAGACGAUUACCUUGAAACUGGCAUGACAUCUAUUGCUACGCACAUCGUGGUUCUUUCAGCUUCCUAUUUCUUGAACACAAGUUUACCAACUCACAAACUGAAGCCACCCCAAUAUGAAGCCAUUACCAAACUGCUUAUGAUUAUCCCUCGUUUGUUGAAUGAUUUACAGAGUUAUGAGAAGGAACAAAAAGAAGGCAAAAUAAACUUUGUUUUGCUAAAUUUGGAAAAGAAUCCGGGAUUAGAACUUGAAGAUUCAAUAGCAAUUACCAAAAAGAUGCUUGAGGAAAAGAGAAGAGAGUUCAUACAAGAAGCUCUAAUGGAUGGCUUUAAUGAAUUACCAAAACAGAUCAGACAACUCCACUUGUCAUGUCUGAAAGUAUUUGAAAUGUUUUUCUAUUCUACGAAUAGAUAUGAUUCCAACACAGAAAUGAUUCAAGACAUUCAAAAGGCAAUAUAUCUCCCUCUGGUAGUAACAGAACCGAAACCCUUAAAUCUGCCCGAGACACCAAUUAUUAGGCCCUUGUUGCCUCCAGCACCUCUGCUUUCUCGACCAACAAGAAAGAGAUAUCAAACACUUGUCAACUAUCACUUUGAUCAACGGUUCAAGCAUUAUAGAAGUAGCAUUUCUCGACAACAUAUUGAUUGGCCUCUUCCGAAAUAUCAAUCCAUGAAUAGGCCUAUGCCAUUGAACUUCAAAUUUUGUUUCAUAUGAGUUCAAAAGAGUUUGCUAAAGAAAAUAAGUUAGAUCAAGUGUUCUCUUUCAGACAUAUGAUUAUCUUCUUGUAAUAGGUAUUGCCUGCAAGUUGGUGAGAAUUCAGGAUUUCAGGCAACCAUGGUUUAGUAUGUUUGCUCAGCCAUGCCUGUGAGAUCACUAUAUAUAGCUUGCUUUUUAUUUAAUAAAUUUUAAUGAAUAACAGAUUAUACUAAAUUGAACGAGGUUCCAUAUAUUUAGUUCUGGUUAGUUCCAUGCCCUCUUUUCCUUUGAACUUCCUUUAUCUUUCUCUUUUCGCUGCUUCAACUUCAAGCAAUUCCAUGAACCUGUAAUUAGCCAUAAAAAAGAAGGCUAUAUUCCACAUAAAAGCUAUCUGCUCCUACCUCAUCCUAUUGGGUAUUAGAAAGGACUAAAGUUUGUAGCUUUAUAAAAGAGAUGUUCGGACUUUGAAAUUGUGUUUAGUUCUAAAUUUUAGAUAAAUCAAAACACUUUA